UUGAACUGAAUACUUCGCGCGCGCGGUUUUUGAACGGAUUCCAAAUUUGAACGUUUAAUUUUCUUUUUGCGGCCAGUGUUGUGCGAUUAAGGAUUUAAAUACAUUUUAGUGUAGUGUUUGUGUUUUAUUUUUAAUUUUCGAUAUUGUUUUUAUUGGGUCAAGUCAAGGGGUGAAAUGUAAAAAUGUCGUCACAGAUCCUAACACACGCGAUGUACCGAAGAGACUCAAGCGAAACCGACCGCCCUUUAGAAGUAGACCAAGAUUCCAUCGACCAGAGUCGGUCAAACAGCCCAAAAAAAUACUAUCCCGACUCAAAAACGAUCAUAAACCAACAAAAAAAAUCAUUCUGCAUCGACGCACUGUUAUCAAAGCAUAUAGAGCCAAACGACAACAAAAUGUCACAGACUAAAUAUCUUUCAUUGAUUCAAAAUAAGAACUACAUAACUCGAUUUCAAAAUGAGAAUUACGAUACGCAAAUCGAGCAGAAUACCAUAAACAAAUAUCAGGAUAACGAGAGUUUCGACCAUAGAGCAGAGACUGAUAGCCCUAGGUCUGGACAGAGUAGUCCAAGAAGUGGUACUCCUGUUUCUGAGGACGGGAACAGGUCUGGAAGCUACAGCCCGCCGAUUUCGCCGGGAGUCGAAGGCGGCAGUGAAGAGUAUGAAAGCUAUAGGCCUGGCAUAAUCCCAAAACCAGGACUCCUGCCCCAGAAUCCGGCCCUCAUGGCGGCCCAGUCCGCAGCGCUGUUCAACUACCCGCAAAUCUCCCAGCCCCUGCCCCCAGGGGCUCCAAUGACGUCGGCCUUCCACCACCCUGGAGACAGAGUACUGCAUCAUAUGCAGUUGGAGUGGCUCGCCAGGACUGGAAUGUUCUACCAUAGGAUACCGGAGCUGGGAGGUGCUCCCCACGCCCUACUAGGCAAGACCCGUCGCCCGCGCACCGCGUUCACCUCUCAACAACUUCUGGAGCUGGAAAAGCAGUUCAGGAUGAAUAAAUACCUCUCCAGACCUAAGAGGUUUGAGGUGGCUACCAGUUUGAUGCUCACUGAGACUCAGGUAAAAAUAUGGUUCCAAAAUCGAAGAAUGAAGUGGAAGAGGUCGAAGAAAGCCCAGCAAGACUCUAAAGGCAAAGACUCUCACUCAUCACAUCAAAGCGACGAUAAACCCAAAGCCAAAGAUAUUCCAUUGCCCGAACCUGAAAAACCUCAACAAAUGGCGGCAGAUUUGACAGCUGUCAAACCACCAAUGCUAGACAGGGACAGGAUAAUAGCGCUAGAACGAGAGCGGGCUAUUGCCGCCGCGAAUUUUAAUUCAAAUUUGGAAAACAGACGCGGUAUGGUAGUGAUGGGGCAAGAUGGACGUCCAAAUCCCAAUGACAUGUUUAGGCCAUACGUAGUAUAAAAGUGAAUUAUUUAUUUUUUAUUGAAUAAAGAAGAAAAUCGUUUGAUAAAAAUCUCCGAACAGUCGAAUUUGUGACCUUAUUUAUGUUUUAAGUAUUUAAAAUAGUAGUUAACGAAUAAAUAUUUUCUAGAAUGUAAAGUUUUAUGAGGCUUAUAAUUAAAUAGGUGUUUAACUAUAAAAUAAAAUAAUAUUAAGAAUAGAUACCUAAUCAUGACACCAACAAAAUGUAAAUAUAUAUAUAUAUAUAUAUAUAUAAAUUGCGCGAAAUUCCUUUAAAUUAGAAGAUUGACCAAAUAUUUUAGUUUAUUUCGGUGAUGUCCUUUAUAUUUAAUUAAUUUCAAUAAAUAUCUACUUAUCUGCCUGCUGUUAUAAAUUAGUGUUUUAAUGUGAAUUGAUACAGGCCAAAUAUAAUUUAGUAUUGAAGGUUUAAUUUAAAUAAUAUAUAAAUAAUGGUAUGUUUAUAAAUAUAAUUGACAUAUUCGUCUCUUGGAUAACCUCAAAUCUUUAUUAAUAUGUAAAAUUACCGCUUUCAUUCAUUUAUUGCACUUUUUUCAUAUGCAUUCAUACUACUUAUUCGCUAAGUAUCUAAAUUUAUUUUUCAACAAUAUUUUUUUCUUUAUAAUUUGGUAAAAAGUAACUUUAGAUAUUCUAAUGUUCCAUAUUUCGAGACCUGUAUGUCAAAAAUCGUGCAUUGUAAAAUAUAAAUUGUAAUUUUUAAAAAAAAUAAUCUUGACCCUGACAGUAUUAUACGUAUUGAUGUUUAUUCCAAAUUGGAUUAACAAAUUACAUGUGCUAUUUUGUUUUAAGUAUUUAUUUUCAUUAUUUUAAGUUAAAAGGGUCAGGUCUAGUAC